GCAUCCGAUCAUAGUCUCGAAUACUCGCCCAUACCUCUGGACGACUUCACGUACUAUUCAUUUCAGGGCACGACAGCCUUCCCUCUCGCUCACAUCCUCCGUUCAGAUUCAGCAUGAGUGGACUCCGGAUUCGUACCACAAUAGCGCAGCGACACGACGUAUUCGAUCGCACUGGAGAAUUGCCGUUUAUAGUCCUCUUUGGACUGACGCGCCACUCGGAAGACGAUCUUGACCCGCGGCCCUUGACUAUCGACACGCGAAAGUCGGCCCUCGACGUCCCCUACGCCAUCGCACAUGGACUUCUCUGGUUGUUCAACAUAGAUGGUGGUUUCAUUGAUGCUCCGCGAGAAACACACAUACCACAGGCCCUCCGCGAGCUUCCCAACCUCGAUAACGACAAAAUGAAGCCCUUCAUGACCCUUCCAACCCCGGUUGAUCGACCUCAAGGGCUCAGGACAGAUAUAGUCACCCGGUUCGAGUACCUCAUCGAGAAGGAUAGUGCGCUGGGUUCGAUGCUAAGACCUGGAACGAAAUACGAGAUUCGAUUUCCAAGGGUUGGACCAACACCCAUGCUCAGCGACUUGGGCGUACGGUGGUGCGCCUAUGGCGAUCCCAAGGAUGUUGUUGGCAAUUCUACUGGACCUCUGUGUGACUCCGAGCCUCUUACACUCGUGGGUGCAGGUGCAACGAAAGCGCAUGUCAGAUUCCAGGUCGUGCCAUCUCUGCUCUGGCCCCCUGAGCUUGCUACAAAGUUAGAGCUCGCUCCUCCCCCUGCAAGCGAAGCAAAGAUUACUGCAAAUGGGGAGCGGGCGGUCUACCUCAAGGUGACCAUAACGCAAUCGGGCAGCGAGCCCGUCAGCGUCCAGACAGGUGGGAAACAGUGGUAUAUCCACUCCACGGACCUCUGGGGCGAACCGCAGUUUGAAUACAUGUGGCGGAUCAUCCAUCCGGACAAGUCGCUUCCCGAGACGUGUUUGCGCAUCGUUGAUCAAGCAACAGGAAACAUCGUGCGAAGUCCACGACCAUUUACAGCGCAGGGGCCCCCUGGCUAUAGCGGAGCGGCCGCACCUCUCUUGGACGACAUGGUGACGAUCGAGCCCGGACGUCCUGUGGUCAGGCUGGUGGAUAUCUCCAAAUCCAUCAUCGGUUGGCCGAUACAAGGAAGGCUGCCCGAUGGACGGUACGAAAUCCAUCUUAUUGAACGCGGCAUGUGGUGGUGCUGGGCCUCACAGGAUGAACUCGCCGCCGACAGCGACGAUCGGGUUCCCCAGCGACUUCGGGUUCCCAAACGACUUUGGAACAAGCAAGUCCCGCCCGCAAGGCUCUUCUCUGACGACGUUGUCGAGUUUCGGAUUCAAGACGGCGAAGUGGUUGGAUGAGGGAAUCGAUGACCUCGGCUCGGAGGCGUCGCUAGCUGUCUUAAGUUGGGUGAGCUGGAUAAAUCAAAUGUCUCGUGAAUGUGAGGUGGGAUAUCUCUCUGGGGUGAGUCAUCUUUGCAGACCAUAGAUGUGAUAUUUCUUGACGCAGUGAGGAUGUGAUG